AUGCAGAAGAAGGUCAGAGCGCAGCGCGCGCUCCUCGGCGGCGGCGGCGAAGGGUCCACGGGCGGCCCCGGAGAUCCGGGAUGCCGUGCUAUGGCGCUCGGUCAUGGACACGAUCCGGGCGGGCUGCUGUCGCCCGUGUCCAGCAUCGGCGUCAAGCUCGACUCGCUGCACCACUGGAACGGCACCCCGGGGGCACCCGCGGGCCACCCGGCGGCGAUCGACGGCGCGCGAGUCCCCAACUCGGCGAUGAUCGAGCGCGCGCGUCUCGCCGAGCCAUCGUCGAUGUCCUUGUCCUUUUCCCCGGGCACCGCGGAGCAGGCGCACGAGCUGAGGCCCUCGGGCUAUUAUCCUCCCACGACGGUGGCGCCGGCGACGCGCGGGAACGUGGAGCGGGACCUCGAACCCGUUCGAUCGAACGACGGGAUGUCGUUCGCGGACAUGCUGGCCAGGAACGGAGGCGACUCCGCCCCGGUCGAACCGGAGCAUCCAGGCGCCAAGCGCAAGGCGGCCGCGAUCGGCGGACCCGAAUCCCCGCUCGCCUCGCCGCCCUACUCCGCCGUCAUCCGCCGAGUGGACUCGAGGGACGAUCGGAUGUGCACGCCGUCGAGCGCGAACUCGUCGCCCAUGGAUGCGCGCGAAGAUUUCGUCUCAUCCGGGGGGCGAGGAACACUGGGAGGAAUAGGAACACUAGGAGGAAGCGGCGGCGGCGGGGAAGGCGGGGAAGGCGGCCGAAACACCGCGGUUCACGGCGCAUUCUCGCCGCUUCAGGAAGGCCCAGAGUCGAUCUUGCCGUGCGUGGUUGACGCGGAGCACGGGCUCCCGCACGUGCUCGACGAGACGCUGGCGAGGGUCCUUCAGCAGUGCGCCGCGGGCGCCAUGCGCGCGCACGUCAUCGACUGCAGGUACCCGCACGAGUUCGACGCCGGGCACGUGCGGGGCGCGGUGAACGUUCACGAGCCGGCGGCGCUGCAGCGCUACCUCUGCGCCGUCCUCGCCGAGGACGCGGAUCGGGCGCAGUUUUUGUUGGCCAAUUCAUCAUCGAGAAUGGGGGACGGGCGGGCUCAAAACGUGGGUGGGGUGCACACGCACGACGACGACAGCGUUCGCAGGUCGCUCAUGGCGCACGCGCAGAACAGCGCGUUCAUCCUGUACUGCGACUUUAGCGGGGAACGAGCGCCGAGGAUGUGGCGACACGUUCGCAACCUCGACCGCCGCGAUCACGUCAUGGACUAUCCGUGCCUGUCGUUUCCGCACAUGUACGUGCUGCGGGGAGGGUACGCCUCGUUCGCGCAGAGGGCUGACCUGCGAGGGUGGUGCACCGGGCCGCACCUUCGCGUGGACGACCCGGGCGCGGUGGAGCUGAGCAGGCGAUGCGCGAGCGGAUUGCGAAACUGCUGGCACGUCGCGAGGCUGAGCAAGGGCAUCGGCGACGUGCCCCGCGUCGGUUGCGGCGGCGGCGGCGACGACGACGGCUUCGGCGUCGGCGGUAUCAGCGCCGGCGGGACCACGCGCAUGAGGAGCCGGGUGUUCGGCCGCGACGACGACGCGUUCGAAGAGGAAGGGGAGUACGGGGGGAGCUGGCGCGGGGGCUGGGGCUGGCGCGGGCGGUGGGAGAUGAGGGACGAGCCCAGGGAGUGCUUCGACGACGACAUGUGCGAAUGA